CGUCACUCGGAGGCCAGCGCCCCUGCGUAACACACAAGUUGGAACACGCGCUCCUUCAAGCCGUCAAGGGGGAAGCUCCGACUGCUUUGGCGUAAGGGGAGUAGAGCUGUCAAUGGUUUUCGGAGCACAAACAAAACACAGCCGGGGACACUGUGCUCCUCCGAGAGGCCGCGACGUAUCGUUCGAGACCAGCGAAGCGUGCCCUCAACGCGUUUUAAUUUAAUUUUAUUCAUUUCUGCCACUCUUCGCCGAGGAGGAGAGUCUGUUUAGCAGAGUUGACAGCUACCGUUUCUUGGACUCGGCUAAUGUUUUCAUUACCUGCGCUGUUUUGACCACUAAAUGGCUGGAAACCUCUGAAGCUAGCAGACGCUGUCCGCUGGGAGCUACUAUUCUUUCUAUCCCUCAGCGGUUUUUUUAUUUUAUUUUUAUUUUAUUUUUUGCUUAACUCGCCGAGCCAGCGGAGCUAUUAAUCAGUCGAUAGCAGCCCAGCAUGGAUUCUUGAACUGUUGCUUCCUCUGAGUUUCAUAUGCCUCGUUGGUUUUGUUUCUAUUUGUAGUCGAUUAUUCAGAAAUAAUGUCAGACAACCAAAGUUGGAACUCCUCCGGCUCGGAGGAGGAUAUAGAGCCCAGAGAGGACUACGGGCACCCUGUUGGCGUCGUCGAGUUCAGCGGAGUACUCAGUAAGUGGACAAACUACAUCCACGGCUGGCAGGAUCGCUGGGUUGUGCUGAAAAACAACACGCUGAGCUACUACAAGUCCCAGGAUGAGACGGAGUACGGCUGCCGGGGUUCCCUCUGCCUGAGCAAAGCUGUGAUUACCGUGAGUAUCAUCCACUGCAGGGAUUUUGAAACGUGGGAUACAAAAUUGUUGAAUCGAAAGUACUGGCAG